AUGAUAUAAUAAAAAUUGAAUCGAAAAUAAAAUCAUCCAAGGACAAGAUAUUUUGAGAAGAAUUAAUUUGUUAGUUAAUUAACACAAGCAAAUUCUCAAAUCAUUUGUUUGUAUAUUAAUUAUUAUUAAAAGCUCAUGAAAUUAUUUAAACAAUGUUAUAAAGAAUUCUUUCUUCAAGCUUAAAUACAAGAACUCUAUAAAUACGAGGAUUCUUUAAACAGUUUGACUCUUUAAUUUUAAUCAGAAGAAUUAGAAUUGUCUUAUUAAAAUAGAUAAAUGGCGAAAGUAAUUGUGUAAUUCAGGAUAUCUAUAUUAUUAUAGAUAUUGAUAAACAUAGGAUUUAUUAUCAACUCAGCUGUAGUGUACAAUUCACCAGAAAUUGUGAAAUUUAGAUCAAUAUUUAUUGGAUGGAUGCUCAUAUGUUUAUUUUUAUAGAAAAUUUCUCGGAAAUAUUGGAAUAUCACUACUAAUAUACUGAAUUUUAUUAAUAGUGUGAUAAGUGUCUUAUUGUUUGCUUUCUUUACUAAAUUUGUGAAUACAGCCUAAACAAACAUAAAUGAUGUUAUGAGUCUUUCUUUGAUAUCUGGCUUGCAAUAAGGAUUAUUUGCUAUGAGUUUUUUUUUAAUUUAGUCAAACUAUAUUAUGCAGAGUUUGACUAUGCUAAGUUUCUUCCUAAUAGUGAUGGGAAUUUUUACUUAAUUUUUAAAUUAUCGAUUAUGGACAUAAUAUCUCCUUCUUAUUUUUACAUGUUAUUUAUUAAGAUAGAAUGAGAAAACAAAUCGAUUGAAUUUUUUGUUAAUUCAUAAGUCUCAUAAGAAUCUAGAAGCUUGUAAGAAACUUUAUGAUGAAACAGUUCCAACAUCAAUAAUAAUAUUGGAAGAGAAUGUACAAUAAGAAGGAGUUAAAAAUGAAUUAUUAAAUUCAGUAGUUACUUAAAAAGAAAAAUUAUAUACAUGGGAUGGUAAAAUUAUGAAUGUAGCUUACUUUAAUAAAAGUGCUUCUAUUCAUUUUGAAACAGCUGAAGAAGAUGUUCUAACUGAAAGAUUGUCAGAAAUAGAAAUUUUGAAUUCUGAAAAUUCAGUUUUGAAUUGUGAAAAGAAUAAGCUUUUAGAUAAAAUAUAGGGGUUACAGUCUACAUUGCAGACUGAGAUGAGAUUCAAUUCAAUAAAUUCUUUUGAUUAUCAAAUAAUUUCUAUCAACAAAAAAAUGUAGUGUCAAAGAGUAAAAAAAAUAAUAUAUUUAUAGGUUAUAAAACAAUAAAAAGUAUAAUACUAUGAUGCAUAAGCUUAAGGUUGUUUAUGGGAUGGUAAAUAAUGUAUAAUGUUAAUACUAAAUGAUACUACUGACAGAGUAUUAAGAAUCAAACAUCUCUAAGAUUUAGAUAAUUAUAAAGAUAAUUUAUUGGCUGCAGUAUCUCAUGAUUUGAAAACUCCAUUGAAUGGUUAAAGUAUUCUGGCUAAUUUAAUAAAAACUAUGAUGGAAAAUAAGUAGUCUAUGAUUAGAAGUGAUAUUUAAGGUAUAAUAAUGAAAUAAUAUUAAAAGAAAUUGUUGUUCAUGUCGAUGAUAUGAUUUCAAAUCAAUAAAUUUUAUUAACAAUGAUAAAUGAUUUAAUAGAUUAUUCAUAAUUUAAAAAAUAAGGAUUAAGAUUAAAUUAUACUUAAUUUGAUCUUUUUGGAUGUGUAUAAUAAAUAUAGAAGAUGUUUAAAAGGUAAAUGGAUUUAAAAUAAUUAUAAUUCAAAAUAGUUGGAUUAGAUGAAUAAAUCAUUAUGUUUACAGAUUAAAUUAGAUUAUAGUAAAUCUUAUUUAAUUUAAUAUCAAAUGCAAUUAAAUUUACUUAUAAUGGAUUUAUUACAUUAAAGAUUCAAAAACUCAUUUCUGUUAAUUAAUAACUUAUUCAUUUCUCUGUUUAGGAUACUGGAAUAGGAAUUCCUUCAAAUAUUUAGGCUAAAUUAUUUAAAGCUUACUCAACUUUUAAUUUAGGAAAUCAAAAUUCAUAAGGAGUAGGAUUAGGAUUAGUAAUAUCUAGAAAUUUAGUUGGUUUAUUAGGUCCAAAUGAAUUUAUAGAAAUGAGCUCAACAGAAAAUAAAGGAUCGAAUUUUAGUUUCUCGAUAUACUAGAAUGCUUAGCAUAAAGAAUGCAAUUAAAUUAAUCCUUUAUUAUUAGAAAAUGGAAUUCCUGAUAAUGAUCCAUCUCCUAUUCAUCCAGUUCCUAAUCCUUUAAUUAAAAGACCUAAUAGAAGAUAUCAAACCGUAGUAGAUAUAUCUACAUCUCUAUAUCAAAAAUUAAAAAUAUUAAUUGUAGAUGAUACAAUCUUUAAUAUUUAUGCUUUAAAAUAAUUAUUGAAACAAAUCAUUCUUCAAUGUGAUAUUUCUGAAGCUCAUAAUGGUUAAGAAGCAUUAGAAUAAGUCUAAUGCACUAGAUUUGAUAUUAUUUUUAUGGAUAUCAAUAUGCCAACCAUGAAUGGCAUCUAGGCUACCUAAUAAAUCAGAUAAUUUGAAAAAAAUAAUUAAUUCUAAAGAUCUAAAAUCUGCAUGUUGUCGGCUUUCUAAGGAGAAAGCGAUCUUUAAGAAUCUUUAAAAAUAGGUGCAGAUUUACAUUUAGCUAAACCUCUCUAAAUUCUAGCACUAAAAACAAUUUUGCAAUAACUAAAAUUUAUAUGA